CCUUCGCAGGAAAAGUUUAACCGCAGUACCUCUUAGCGCCUCUCAAUUCACGCUUGUCAAGGAGGAGCCCCAGAUUGCAGUCGUGCUGUGAACCCUGUGCUUUACUCAGAGAAUUAUGACCUUAUGAAAAGGACGUCCAUGCUUACACUGUGCAAGUUUCUGAACAAAGCGAUCAUCUUGUUACCCACAGUAUAUUGCUCAAUCAGAAACCCUGUUCCAUUUCAAAUCACCAAGGCUAGAGAUAACAGUGAUAGAGAGAGAUAAGAUUUUUGGAGUGAGUCAAGAGUGCGCUGCCAGUCUCGGAACUAAGAGGGUGAAAAUCUGGCUGAGUGAAUGGAGACGCGGAAAAAUUGGAUAAACGGGGGAAACCGACACUGAAGUGAAUAAGUGACAAAGUUAGCAGAAAGAGGCAGAAAAAAGGGAGCUAAACAAUGAAGCUGAGAUCAUGAACUGUGACACAAGCGGGGGUUUUCUUUUGCCUGUUGGAAGCCCUCAGCCAAGGGAAGGCCGAAGCGAGGCGAUGGGUCAAGGUGGUGCCCGCGGAGGCCUGAGCUACCAACUCUGAUCAUCGAAGACUUGAUCAACAGCCGCAACAUGGAUGACGGGAAGGUCAAGUGUGUUCGGUUGAUCAGCAUUUUCGUGGUGACCGGUUUCCUUUGCGCCGCUCUGUUAUUCCGACUCAUCUGGGAAAACCCGAUCUCAGACACCUUGAUAAUCUUGCUGUCGGUGCUGCUCCUCUGCUGCCUGGUCGAAUGGUGCUGGAGGCCUGCCCUGUUAUUGAAGUGCUCCUGCGACAACGGUCCAACAGACGACGACGCCGUUCCGAUCGAACCAAGCACACCCUUGGUUUACGCGGAAGAGCCACCUUCGUAUGACCAGAUCAUCCUGCAAGAUCGUCAGUCGAGUGUGCUCUCUCUGGCAGAACUGCAAGGCUCGAGCCAACUUCAAGGCUCUGUGCCGGGACAUGGACCCCAAACUGAGGAGGGGGCGAGUGAGGGUCAAAGACACAGCUCAGGUCACGGGGCUCCUCCUGCAUAUUCGCCGUACUUUGUAGCGAACGAAAUCCAGCUAUCGGUAGAUGGACUGCCUAGUUAUAAUGACGUUGUUGCUUCGAUGCAGGAGACUACCCGUCAUAGAUCAGAAUCCAAUUCUAAUGAAGGAUACUCAGUGUUCAUAUAGUGUUGUGAUCUUGUUGCCGUUAAACCUUGAAUUUAUGCGUUUUUAACUAGUUAAAAUAGUAAACAGAAAUAUUAAUCUGCCUAGAGAAGGGCAUUUUUUGCCUAUCUCAGGCAUAAAUAAUAUAUUAAAGGACCAAUACAACGAAUACAAGCUGAUUCAGAAGCCCUCCAGAAUUUCCCUUUUAUGCAACUUUAUUUCAAACUAAAUUCAGUACAGAAGAAAUAAGACCUCGAAUGUAAGGAACGAUAAAACUUGAAAUAUUUUUUUACAACAAGCUUGCGAAAGGCUUUACUCCAUGAACUCCCUCGCAAUGGAUAUGGUAGUGCAUUCUUCCGAAAGACUUAUUUGGCAGAUGGAGACCGUCUGGCCGAGUGGAUGCUCCUCCUAACCUCGAACGGCGGUCGGAACACGCAUGUACAUGCACACACACACACACACACACACACACACACACACACACACACAUACACAUACACACACACACACAUACACAUACACACGCACACACACACAUUACUGUAUAUAUAACAAUACGUAAUCUACGAGUACAACUCGUAAUAUGAAUAUUACUAUUUUCCACUCUUUCGAAAAGUGCGGCAGAAUAUUUUAGAUUUAUACAUCAUCGCCGUACUAAUAACUGUUUUGGUGUAGAACACAAGGCCAGAGUUGUUUUAGACUUCAGCAUUGUAAAGGCACGUUUUUUGUUAUUUUCUUUAUUUCCUGUCAGAACAACGUAUAUAAGAAAAGAGAGAGGCACGAAAAGGAAUCUUGGCAAAAAAGGCGAUUUAAAACAGAGGAUGCGCGGCUGCCACAACUAGGUUUGCAAACACAAAGUGUCUAGGAUUUCUAGACAAAAUGAGGGUUCAGACUUAAGAUAUUGUAUCAAAAGUCUCCUGUGGAUUCCUGUAAAAAUGACGCACCUAAUAUUCACAAUACUAAUGAUUCUGUGCAGCAAAUUGUGCUAAAUUAUUUUUCUGCAAAAAUAACCAUACAGUAUCCUAUCCUGUCAACGCUAUUCCCAUGGACUCUAACGUUAACUAUUCCUUGGAUAGAAUUGCAGACAAACAAUGUAAGCCUCUCAGCCAGCAGAUCAACAUCCCCCGCCCCUAAAAUCAGACAAACUGACAGACAAGAUAUGCAAGGAUAGGCCACGACAACAUAAUCGAGCAGAAAUAAAACAAACUAUGGCAUACCGCCCCUUGUCCAGAUAAGAUCGCAACUGGUAGGGAUUAUAGUGUCAUACUCUCCAUAAAAUAUAUCGGUUUUCUGGCGACAAAAGGGAACACAUGGUCAGCAAAUGGAAAAUAGUAGUCCCCCUUCU